UCGAGCGAUUCUUCAAUGCAGAGGAGCCCGUUGCGGCAGCAGCAGAGGGUCAUCGACUGCUCCUCUCCCGUCGAAAUGCAUCGCGGUAGCAGCUCGUAUGCUUCUGGUGCGACCAGGAGGCCGGUGGAGUUCGGGAGAAGCUACGUGGUAAGGCCGAAGGGAAGACACCAAGCUACCAUCGUGUGGCUUCAUGGGUUAGGCGAUACCGGAGCAAGUUGCUCCCACCUCGUGGAAACCCUUCCUCUGCCAAACAUUAAGUGGAUAUGCCCCACUGCUCCUACCCGACCGGUUGCAAUGUUUGGUGGAUUUGCCUGCACAGCAUGGUUUGAUAUCGGGGAGAUAUCAGAGGAUGGCGCUGAUGAUGUUGAUGGAAUGGAUGCUUCGGCAGCACAUAUCGCAAAUCUACUGUCUUCUGAGCCACCCGAUGUGAAGCUUGGCAUCGGUGGGUUCAGCAUGGGUGCUGCAGCUGCCCUGUACUCUGCCACUUGCUUCACGCAUGGUAAAUAUGGAAAUGGCAGUGUAUACCCCAUAACCCUCAGUGCAGUUGUUGGUCUCAGUGGCUGGCUUCCAUGUUCCAGGAGCUUGAAGACCAAGGUGGAUAGUUCACAAGAUGCUGCAAGACGGGCUGCCUCCUUGCCUCUUUUGCUCUGCCAUGGAAGAGGAGAUGGAGUCGUUCCCUAUGCCCACGGGGAGAGGUCCGCGGAGGUCCUAAGAAUGUCUGGGUUUCGAAAUCUCACGUUCAAGACCUUCAAUGGACUCGAACACUACACGACACCGGAAGAGAUGGAUGCUGUGUGCAAGUGGCUCACAGCGAGGCUGCGGCUCGAUGCGUCUCGCUCAUGACUGGGGAGAGACGUUGCUCUCGAAACGUAGAACGUGCUUCGGCAUUUGCUCAGGUGGCGUGUGAGGGCGUAUAUGAUUCCUCUUAAGCAACUAUCGUAAAUGCAUGUGUAUUGUGUCGAGUGGGGUUCGGCAGUAGCUUGUUGGCAUGUAGUAC